CAACAGAGGAGGAACAAUAAAAAGGGACUCGGGCAACAUCUGUCGUAUUGAUCGUUAACGUAUACCUUUUAACGAGGAUGUUGUGGUGUGGUGCGGUGCGGUGGAACCGUUCGUUGACAGGAGGCACAGUGUUCUGAUUGUAGCGCGCAAGUUGUCAUUUUCUUGGAAAGGCUGAUGCUGAUGCAGGUGCACCAAGUAGGCUACCAAGUGUCUUCAAACGGAUGUUUCUGUUAUCAACCUAACGAAUCACUUUUGAUCGUCCGCAGCACAGUUCUGAGUUUUCUGUAGCUUAUUGAGCAUUGCGGUGAUGGCUUUUUUGGAUGACCUUUUGCGUAAUCUUGUAUCUUCGACUUCAUUUUAGUGUUGAUUAAACUGGGACCUGUAUUCAAGUUGAGAUUGGUGGUUAAAAAAAGAAGAAACCUCAGCAGAUCCUCGACAGCUUUUGUGUAAAUACACAGAUUCAGAACUUCAAAUAGCCAAGUGGUACUUUUGGAGUGACACUGCGCCUUCGUCUCUUCGUCUCUAUCCAGGAUGCAACUCUUCCUUUGGAUUGGAAUUCUGUUUCUGGAUGUGCAUGGCAGAACAGUGCCACCACCUCACCUCACAGCCUCCAGGUGCAUGGGUCACGCCUGCAGCCCACCAGUAGGUAACCUGGCGGCUGGCAGAGCCCUCCACACACUCACCAGCUGCUGCAGCAGCAACAAUACCCAUGAGCCGUGCUCUUCCGUCCAGCCGCCGUGUUCCGAGGAGGAAGCCCAUCCACCUGCGCAGAUGGUUGACGACCCCUUCCUGCACCCAGACACCUGGUGGGAGUCGGCGGGCGACUUGGGUCAAGUGGAGGAGAUCCGUCUGGAUCUGGAGAGCCGCUUCUGCCUGACCCACGUGGUCAUGCUCUUCCGCUCUCCGCGACCAGCCACCAUGGUUCUGGAACGCUCCGUGGACUUUGGUCAGAGCUGGCAGACGCUGAAAUUCUUUUCCUCCAACUGCACCGCUGCCUUUGGCCUGUCCGAUGACAGCAGCGAGUCAGGGUCACUGUGCACCUCGCGUUACUCCAGUGCGAAGCCCUGCAGCGGUGGAGAGGUGAUCUAUCGGUCGAUAGGCAAAGACAGAGCGGUAGAAGACCCCUACAGUGCGGAGGCCCUGGACUUGCUGGCGCUCACUAACCUGCGCAUCAGGCUGCUUGAGCCUCAACAGUGCCCCGGGGGCCCCUCGCCCUCCUCAUCCUCCUCCAGGGGCCACAACAGCAAUAUCCACAACCCAGCAGAGAGGUUCCUGGCUGGGGCAUUCUCUGCGGCCACCAAGCGGCGAUCAGCCCCUACCAAGCCUGCUGCGGCCUACGCUGUGUACUCACUGCUGGCCCAGGGCACCUGCCUCUGCAAUGGCCACGCUGAGCAGUGUCUGCCACCUCGCCAGGACGCGGAGCAGCUGUCCCCAGGAGGCAUGGUGUCUGGCAGGUGUGUGUGCUCUCACCACACGGCGGGUGAGCACUGCGAGCGCUGCGCUCCUCUCUAUAACGACCGGCCCUGGAGGGCCGCCAACGGCAGCAGCGGGCAGCCCAACCCCUGCCAGAAGUGCGAGUGCCACGAUCACGCAGAGAGCUGCCACUUCUCGCCACGCGUCUGGCUGGCCACAGGCGGGACAAGUGGAGGGGUGUGUGACAACUGCCAGCACAACACAGUGGGCCGCCGCUGUCAACGCUGUCGCCCGGGAUACCAUCGACACCCGGCCAUGCCAAUGACCUCGCCUCACGCCUGCACACGAUGCUGGUGUGAUCCCGUGGGAUCGAUGCCCUCGCAGUCUAACGACGAGACACCCUGGUGCCACCCCAGAAGCGGGCAGUGCCACUGCAAGGCGGGGGUGGGAGGCGUAAGCUGCAACCAGUGUCUCCCAGGACACUGGGGGUUUGGCCCAGAAGGGUGCAGACCUUGCGCCUGCCCUCACAAAUGUGACGCCCACACUGGCCACUGUCUUGACAGUGAUAAGCUCUAUCACAUUCCCAUCGGAGGCAAGAUACCUGACCUGCUCCACAUGCUAUCCAAUGACGACGAGAAAACCUGGUCCAAGGAGCUUGCCGUGUCCGCCUUGCACUACACAGGAAAGUGCAGCUGUAAGGAGAGGAAACUGAGAGGUGUGGCUGACUUAUGCAAGACAAAACACACGUACGCAAUAAAAGCCAGCGUCCUGUCAGCCCAUGACAAAGGGAGCCAUGCGGUGGUGAUGGUGAAGGUCAGGAAGGUCUUGCGCUCUGGAAAGGUGCCGAUCUCCCAGGGCACACACAGCAUCUACCCCUUGCCAUGGACCAGCAGAGGCUGCACCUGCCCCAUCCUCAACCCAGGAGUGGAGUACCUUCUGGCAGGUCCUGAAGAUGUAGGGGCCGGGCGCUUGCUGGUGUCCUUGCAGAGCCUGGUGGUGCCCUGGUCUCCAAUGCUGGGCCAUUACGUUUCAGAGGCAGUUCGGCAAGGAUGCCUCUGAGCAGGGUGUUAAACUCACUGCCAUGGGACAAAAAAAGGCAUUUUGCCAGUGACAGUGUGGUCCCUUGAGUUUCCAGUGACUAUGAAGAAUCAAGGUGACCCUCAACUCCAUGUUGCUUCCUCCCCCUAGUGGGAUGUGCAAACAAGGGUUGCAGACUGAAUCACUCAGGUCUACACUACAGGAGUGAAUCUCUUUGGAAUUUAACCAAUGGAACAAUUUUACUUAAACUGAAAAGUGAAACUAGCCAUGGACAACAUUUUCUUCUCAGUCCAACAUUUGUCCAUGAGAAGAAGAUAUUUUGUGUUUUGUAGUAGUAUCUUUUAGCCUGACAAGUGGACCUAUUCUUCCCUACUUCUUGUCGUUAUAAUGGACACCCUAACCUGCACUGUAUCCUGCUCUGUUUUCUUAACAUUCUACAUUCUUGUACAGGUCCCACCUAUUCAAGUAGGUCUGAAGUGUAUUGAGUUUUCACACACAAGUGUAUUUUAAAGCUAGUUGUAUCAUUGCUGGUUCAAUGACUGUUGGGAGAGUGACAUGUCACAUAUUGGUGGGUUUUCUUUGCCGGUCACAUGAAACUACACUUUUUUUAUUCAGGGAAAUGAGACUGAAUCUCUAGAUAUUCUAGAAAUUCCUUGAAGGAAAUGAUUAUCUUGAACCAUCCGCACAGGUUCACAUAGAGUAGUCCUUUUCACUUUGUGUAUUUGUCCUCUUGUGCUAUUAAGGGGAAUAUAUAAAUUGUCCUCAUUUAACAUUCCUAGAUGUUACUGUAAAGUCCAAACUAAUUAUGUAGCAACGUUGUACUAUAAGUUGUAUUUAUGCUUUCAUGAACUGUGUAUCAGAACUCCUCAAAACCAGAUUGAAGCCAAAACAAGUUAUUUGUGAUAUGCAAUCCUUUUGCAUAAUCCUAAUUUUGUAUCUAUUCUUAAAGUUUUCCUUUGUUACAGAGAUUUAAAAGUUUUAUCUUUUACCUGUUUCGACCCUUCAUCAGAGGGUGACAUGGAUGUUGAUGAGAGAUGUGCUUGUAAGAAAACCUCAAAUCAACAAUAACAGACAAACUGCAGAAGGGAAAACCAUGUAAUAGACUGUGAAAACGCUAAAAUCAUACAGCAAGAGAACAACAGGUAUCACCAUUGUAUUAAAAAGUCAUUAGAGCCCAGCCCAACCACCAUGAACAGGGAUGAGGGAGCAUACAUGCUCUCACACCUGGACCACCAUCCUGAGGCCACAACUGAGGUGUGACCAGCUUGUCAAUAUUGACAGGAAGGUCACACCUUCACAACAGCAGCUGACUUUAAAGCAUGUCACACAUCAACAUCCAUGUGACCCUCUGAUGAAGACGGAAGUUUCGAAACAUGUCAGGUAAAAGACAAAACUUCCACAUGACUGAAACAAAAAACUUUAAGAAUUGAUUUAACAGUUGGUCAUAAUGAACGUCAUGCAUCAAUUUUUGUAUCUGUUGCUUUUGAAGUAUAAUUUCUGGGCCACAGAAAACUACAGCCACUGACAUGGUGUGGGUAGCUAAUGGCCUAAUGGUUAUGGAGCUGUUCUUUAGAUAAAAGGGUUGCAGGCUCUAACCCAGUAGGAAGAAUGUGCCUCUACAAUCCCAUCCAUGGCUGACGUGGCCUUGAAAACGGCACCUGACACCAUUUGGCUUGAGGGACUGUAACCAAUACCUUUUAAUAAUUAGUAAAUAACUUUAGAUAAAGGCAUAAUCUCAGUGUAAUGCAAUGCCAUAUAAGAAUAGACCUUGUGAGACUUAAAAAUAUACACUGGCCUGGCCAAAACAAGUCUCAUCAUGGAAAAGUCACAUGCUAAUAUUCUCAAUAUGCCUUUAUCUUUGAUUCUGACACAUAUUUACUGUGGCAUUGUGUUGAAAAGUGACUGCAAUGUCACAAGAUGUAUUUAUUUGCAGUGUUGUAUUCAUU